GUCAUUAUCCGUAGUCGUGUUUCGACGCUCCUUCAAUCGCCGUGAUACCACACGCCGCUCCGCGCAUCCAAGUGUGAGUAUGUGCGAGACGCCCACGUCUCAACCGUAGCUGCUUCCGCCGUGGAGUUCAAAUCAGUCGUUGAAGCUGAAGUUUCGGAUUCUCUGACCAACCUCGCAUCGAAAAUCUCACUCCUCGAAAGCUCUGAAUUUUAACUCUGGAUUUAAAGUGCUGCAAGAACGUGAACCACAGCCGAAGAUAAAGUUGCUCAAAAGUGACCAAAGUUUUGUGCGACGGAAAUCAGUGCCCAACGCGGUGACAACCCCGGUUUUCAGCCUUGCUGAAACCGAGUUUUUAGCGUGAUGCGGACAAAGUGCUAAAACUAAGCUCUGAACUUUUAGCUUAACCCAACCGUGACAACCGAAUUUUUGAUGGUGGUUUGAAAUUUCCCGUCAUCCCCCUCCCCCUCCCCUACUCAUCCCCAAGCCCUGAAAUUCCCAUCAUCUUUUUUUGUCGCACCUUAAAGUCUUUAAAAUCCUUCAAUUUUUCUCAUCCCAAAGUUUCAACUUCGACCUAAAUUCCCAGAAUCUUUUUUGUCCUAACACCUUGAAGUCUUCAAAAUCCUUCAUUUUCUCUUAGCCCAAGGUUUCAAUUUCGACCUAAUUUGACCUGCACUCUUACCUGACACCCUGCAAGUCCCAGACCUUUUCAAAGUCCGUAAAACCCAAGUAUUUCGGGAGUUAAAUGAUCCCGAGCUCGCGGUAACCGGGCGCGCAAAGUGAAGUCCAAAGUGACCGGGCGCGCAAAGUGUAGUCCAAAGUGAACGGCUCGACUCGCGGACUCGAUCCCCAUGAUGACGCGUCUCGCUUCGUGGCCCAUCUCGGCGCUCUGAGCGGACUCCGGAAUCAGUUUGCGCUUGAACGUGUGGCCCUGCGGUUGGUCGCUCUUUCGCGAUGCCGUCCUAAAAUUGACCCCCUGCUUUCCAAAAGCUUUUUUCUUUUCUUUUUUUUUCAUCCGUUUAGUUUAGUCCUUGUUUUUAGUUCUUUAAGUUUUAGUCAGUAGUUUUAGUUUCGCGAUGCUUGUCUAAAGUGCGCUCCGCUCCCGCGGAUAACCCCCUUGUCGGGUUCGUUUUGUCAUGAAAUAAGUUCACUGUGUCCGGAAAUUUGCCUGGAGCAAAUUUUAUCUAACAUCUCAGCCCCCGGAAUUACAACAACUCGCGUGACAAUGUGUUCAGUAGCGAUGCCAACCGACUUCGAGAUGCGGGUGGGGCACUCACCAUCGGCCUCCGGGUUCUUCCCGGGCCUGGCCCCGUGGCCGCGCUCCUACUUCCCGCGGCAGACCCACUCGCAGGCCCAGCGCCUAUCCCGCCCGGCGCAGCCCACCCCUCUGGGCCUCAUUGGCAAGUCCUUCUCGGCCCCCCCGCCGGCCCCCCGACCCUGCCUCGUGACCCGCCAAUCCAGCUCAGACGACUCCGGCUCAUCCUCCGACGAGAACGACGCUCCAUCACCCACACGCCUCAAGAAGAAGGUCGUUUUCGCCGAUGACAGAGGACUGUCACUCACACAAGUUCGCCUCAUGACAGAAUCACCAGCUCAGCGAGGCUAUUGGCGUUCACGAACCCUCGACUUCAUUCCAUCGUCCCCUCCAACCGGGCCGAAGAGCAGCAGUCCAACCAGCACCGACUCAUGGGAGAUCACCUUCUCGCAACCGGCCUCCGAUUACGUGUCCUUCCGCAAGAGGCUGGACACCUGCAACGUCUCCCUGGAGAACGUCAUCGUCAAAGACCAGGAGAUCUCCGGCACGAUCAAAGUGAAAAACCUCUCCUUCAAGAAAGACGUCUUCGUCCGCUCGACCACUGACAACUGGCUCACUUACCAGGACACGCAUGCCACUUUCAUAAACAACACCGUCAACUCCGCCGUUCAGGUGCUCUACGACACCUUCAACUUCAAGCUGGCGCUGCCACCCGUCGCCAAUGUGGUAGAGUUGUGCGUUUGCUACCAAUACGACUCGACGGAGCACUGGGAUAACAACAACGGCCAAAACUACGUGAUCAAAAGGAAGAUCGUGGAGAAGCCUUUCAUCUUCAAGCCAGAGCCAAGCCCGGCCCAACCCCAGCCGAAACGAUACACUGAUGCGGUGAGGGCCAAGUUGGACACUUGGUCCGAAUUCGCCAGCUGGAACCAUCUUGUCAACGAGGGGCCGUAUUGGUGAGAUGGUUUUGAGCUCUGAUUCAUACUUCAGUAAUUUGUCUGACCACAAACACUGACCAGCGCUGCAGACCUCUGUUGUUGAGCUUCCGAUCGAAGCUAGCACUUCGAACAGGUACUCGCUAGCCUGGAGGAGAUGUCGAUGCGGGUGUCUGCAGAACCUGUUCCUGACCCGUUGAGUGCUCACUUGCCUUUUUUAAGUGUUUUCCUACAAGGAUAGGCACUCGUGAAUACUUUCAUUGCAGUUGAUAUUUUUGUGAUCGACCCAUUAUAAAUGUCACGAUUAUCCUGUUAUUUAAACCAAAUCUGAGGGAUUCUCAAUUGUUUGAAUGAGAUAGUUUGGGGAGCCGAUCAGGAUUCAAGUUGCGAAAAAGCGCACUUACUUAUCGUGAGUGCGUUGAGCUUUCUUGUUAUGGUUGAGUAGGUAAGUUGAGGCUAUGGUUUGUCUCGACUAAUGAACGUAACUGUACCUAUUUUGUUAGACAUUUUUUUACACUCCUGCUCGUAAACAUAUUUUGAAAUAGUAUGAUUUAAAUGCGUUAGGAUUCAGAUAGGAGAGACUGAAGUAUUAAAAUGUCAAGGGGAAAGUUUAAGAGUCAGGGAAAGGGUUUUCUAGGUAUGUGUUAAAGUUUAGUUGGUCUUGAAUACUUUUUUUUAACCUCGAGACAGUUAUGAAAAUUUUUUUACGUCCUCAAGUUCUUCAGUGAUUUAAUUUUCUAUGUUCGACAGAGCCUCCCUGAAUGUACGAAGGUGGCUGUAAAAUUAAAAUGAAGUGUCGAUAGAAAAUAAUCUCCCACGCCAUUCUGUUUGCAACAUAGUAAAAUUUAAUUUGGAGGACGUUUCAGAAGUCUUCUUUACGAAUCACACGUUUUUAUUCGUCCAUGUGAUAAUGAUAGCAGGUUGUCGCCACUUUAUGGCUUUGUCUGUUCGUCAUAUUUUAUUUAUUACUUUUUUAAAAAAAAUUUAGUCUUAAGAUGUCGUUUCUUGUCUUGUUUUUACUUUUACACGCCCUGACCAUUUUUUACGAGAAGAUUACACUCAGGCGUAAUUAUUUGAUAAGUUUGAUUAGUUUCUCUCAAUAAUUCGAACGGUUUUAUGUCUUUUAAUUUUUAAAAAGAAAAAAAAAAUGUUUCAUGACUUUUUCAAGAAAUCUAUAAUAAUAAGCCAAGAAUAUCACCUCUUAAAAGUUUUCCCGUAUAAAUAUUCGUGAUAAUCCAUAUUUUUCAGUCUCACAAUACCAAAUUAUAAAUAUCAUUUUAAUGCCUUACAGCUUACUGUAAAGACUCAAUACAUAUUCUACUCUUUAGUACCUAAAUUCGUAGAAUCGCUCAUCAUGAAUUUUUUUCAAAAUUCAUUCGUUGUGUAAUUUCGACAUAUUUUGUUAUGAGCCUUAAAAUACCCCUUCCCCUCAAUUAAAAUCAACUAAUGAAGAGGGUAAUUGUCUCUCCUUCUUACAAUCAGCUUAUUGCAGUUAGUCACCUGUUACCUGUUUUCAGUAUUAUGUUUUCAAGAUUUACUAAUGCCAUUAGCUUGAAACAUGUAAAAUUUUGAUCAAAUAAGUUGACAUUAGUUUGAUUUAAAUAUAUUUUUCAGUUCAUAAUUUGAAGUUUAGUAACAGUCUAUGUAAAUGCCUGUCUUAGAUUUAUUACGAGCUUCAGUUUUUUAAACAAUCUACGUAACCAUUAUUUCACCAUCGGUUUAAAAUGACAUCUCUAACCAUUUUCAUCAUGUUACAUUUUUUUCUUUUCUAUAGUUUUUUCUUCGAAUUUAUUAAGUUUCUUCUUAAAUUUUACCUGUAUAAUGUUCCUGUCCUAUUUGUAUGGUCACAGAGGCUGAGAGUGAAUGGAGAAGCUGUUGUACUCUCUUUACAUACGGGACGUUAAUAUUUUUAAUGACAGAAUCUACAUUGAGCGGGCAAAAAUUUCCUCGGUACUCAAAGACUCACUUGAAAACGGUCAUACAUGAUCGUUCACUGGAGGUGCCAGAAUUUAAGAGGUGAUAAAUAGGAUUGUGGAUAGUAAUGGAAUUUGCCGUGAUUCCAUGGGUGUUUAGAUCAGAAAGAUGAAAAAAGCUACUUGAUGUUUGAUGACGUGUAGUCUUUUAAUUAUCUAAAUUUAUUUUUGCAUUAAACGCCGUGCGCUUGUUAAACUUGAGACGGAAGCAGUGAAUCUUUAUCAGUUAUUGAUAGCAUAGUUCAUCUGGGCAGUGAUCAACCAGGAGUUCCAUUUCUCAUUGCCCUAUACACCUGUUGAUCAUGCUCCUUGCGGUUCGUCGAGAGUCUGUAACUGCAAGCAGACGAGUGCAAGUCUCUGUACAAGGAACCUAAAUCCACAAAACUUAUCAGAGUAAGAAAAAAAACUUGAACUUUGUCUCUGUAUAUUUCUGCCUAUGUAAUUUUUACAUUCUUUGUCGCGUGCUUUGAUCGUGCUUUUUAUUUAGAAUUUCAACCCAUGGUGAUUAAUAUACUAUUGAUAACCUGGAUGUGAGCUCUAAAGGCGGAAUUUAUCGUGGAAAAUUUUCAAUGCUUUAUGCAUCGUUCCAUGUUCCAUAUUCGAAAAAAGAAAAAUUCAAUUUGCUCGAAGGAUGCAAGUAAAUUUAUAGGUUUCAGCAAUAGAUGAAAUUCUGUAAAGCACCUAUGAUCUGUAAAAAAUUGUAUCAGGUAUAUUUUACCCUCUCAUCCCAAGGACACCCUCAAACUUCCGCUUCUUCAUAUGUCUUAAAAUUAUUAUAAAGUUUCGGCACUGUGCCUUUAAUUUGUAGCCUAUAUUGUGACUUUACAAUUUUUAUCCACGCAUCGCCAUUUUUAGCCUCUUUAGAAAUGAUCAUUGAUAUUUGCACCAAGAGUAAGUCGGAGGAAAGCCAGGUAACCAGUACAAGUGAGGCAAUUAUGCCAACUUAAAUAAGUGAAUAUUUCUGCCAGAUUAUGCUCAAUAAUUAUGAUUUGUAUUUUAACUUUCUUGUUUUUUCUUCCUUUAAGUCUCCUCACAGAUUUUUACAAUAGCCUACAUGCUGCUGAGUCAGUUUAGUAGAAAUUGAUUAAAUCUCUUCCGUGAAAAAAAAUUCAAUUUUUAUUUUGACAAAUAUUCUCGGUACGCUCUCCCUCUUGUGUUAUACAAAAUAAAUGUUCCUAUAUCUCUCAUUUUCUAAAAUAUAAUUUGAAAAAAAGAGGUUCAAAACCUUACAUUGUCGAUUGGUUGACUUUUGAUAUACCAUAAAUUAUGAAAGUCGUUUCUAUCUUUAAUUGUUCUUAAUUCCUUUCUUUUUAAUCUGUUAUAUCGUGCGUAUGGAGAAAGAGCAAAACAAUGCGUUAGUGCCCUAAAUUUCCCUGACAGCAUCCCAUUAUGAUGUUCUUUUAGUCUCGAAAUUUCAAUGUCCAUUCGUAAGUUUUACUCCUAUCGAUCUAAAUUUUUUAUAAAGUUUCAUUCCUUUAUUUUUUUGGGGGGUAUUCGCUUCUAUCAACAUGAGCUUUUUUGAAUUUGUAUUAUAUUUUUUUUCAACUUACAUAUUUUGUAGCCCUCAACGCCGAAGUUCUGCACUCCCUCCCCCUUUUUUCUAUUUCUUUUUCAACUCCUCAAUACAAAUAAGUGGAUAAUUUACAAGUAUCUCCUCAUACCUUCAAAAGUUUCAACACUUCGAAAUCUUCAGCAUAAAAUCUAACCUUCAUUUAACUAUUUUCAGUCUUUACAUACUUUAUUUAGGUAUUUGAGUUUGAACUGGGCGGUUUCUUCCAAAAAAAUAAUUGCCAAAAUUUUAUGAAAUUUAAUCAUAUAGCUGACUAAACGGGUCAUUCUAUGAGGAAAUCAGCACCUCGUUUGUUUAAAAAAAUGACAUUAUUUUUUAAUAUUUAGCAUCUUUUUAGUGUUUAGGUUUAGUGUAGGUAACAAAAAAACAGAAAAUGAGAUAAAAUCUCCAAAAAUUGCGAGGAAAUUUUAUUCCAUGAAAAUUAUAUUUAAUUGAUUUUAUGUUUGUGGAAUUCUAGACUUGUUUUCUCUAUACUAUUUUUGAUUUGAAAACAUUAAGGAAGAAAAAAAAAGAAAAGAAAAAAGACUGAUGUAAUUAUAAAUGUAAUUAUUACCUAUUCAAUUUUAUAUCUACUAUUGAUUUUAGAUUUUUAAUUUAUUUUCUGUAAAAAGUAUAGUCGGCCAUUGCUCGAAUGAGUAAAUACGCCACAAUUUGAUGUCAGCUUAUUCUUCAAACUCUAAUGUACAUACUCAUUAGUUAGAUGUUCCAGCUGAAAUUAUUUGUUUUUUUUUUUUCACUUAUAGAUAGAAGUAUUUAAUCAUGCUUGUUAAAAUCAAUUCUAGAAUGUAAAAAUACGAAGUUUGUAACUCUGUGAGCAGUUUAAUCAACAUCAUUUUAUCCUUUUUUUAUGCAGCAAUUCUUCAUCGAUUGUUGAAAUUGUCACUCUUUAAUAUUUCAAUGCAUGGAGAGGACUGUGUACCAUGGAGUAGAAAAUUCUGAGAAAUUCCAAGUUGAAAUCUGUGUGUUUCAUUUCUGUUUUUUCAAAAUUUCAAAUUUGAUUUAUCAAUUUAUUUUUUUUAUUUUCAUUUUUUCACCAUCUGUAUCAUUGGAAAAGAGCUAGAUAGUUGAUUUAUAUGCAAACUGUUGCUCUAACACUAGGACACAAAAGCAUUUCGAUGAAUUAAAUUAUUUUUCCCAAAGGUUGUAGGUAAUCAGCUGCCAAUAAUUUUUUUCAGCAGAAUCGUUUAAUAUUCUUUUCCAUCUUUGUUUUUCUUGGUUUAUUUCUGGUUGGUUUCUUUGGUCUCUUAUAUUUGUUUUUCUUUUGCUCCAUUUUAACUGUUUGACUUCAGUUCAGUCUAUGAAAUACUUCUGCUGGACCAAACAAUGUUUGUUAUUCUAGGAAUAAUUAUUUACAUGAUAGUCUUUCUCUGUGCAUUUCAGAAAUCAUGAAUUUUACAAGUUAUAUUGUAUAUUGUGUGUAUUUUUGUAAAAUAAACUCAUAUAAAAUAUUAUCAUC